GCAAAGAGAGAGAUCUUUAUCUCACAAGAGCUGGAACACCACAAACACACCUCAAAGUGGACAACUGUGUCGCUUCCUUCUUGCAUGUUGGAUGCGGAACAUGGCAUUUAUUUGCUAACACAUUAGUCAUUAUUUUAAAAGUUGAAAAGAAUCUGCACCAUGCUUCGUCUGUGAACAGACGACAUACAACCAUAUGUUCAAAUAACAGGAAGAAUCAGCAUUAAUUCACCAGAGACAGACAAAGCUGGUCAGAGUGGGUUGUUAUUAGAGGAACACAGUGACAUGCCAGAGCAGCUGAAUGACUUCCUCUUCACAGUUGCACUUCAGUCUGCAUCAGGAUGCGUGUGAACAUCUACUGCUGCCUGUUAGCCCUCAUCCUGAGCUGCUACAACACUGCAGAAAUAAUCCAUGAAGUGGUCCAGGAGAAGCAGCAGGUCACUCUGCAUUGUCCUCACACUGUGGAGGGUCAUGUGAAGUGGAGCAGAAAGAGUAAAGGAGGCACAGUGGACAUACUUACAGCUGGUGGUGACAGAGACAUAAAGCACAUUAGUGACCCAGGCAAACGAUACGGUGCACAGUCAACGUCACUGUUUAUUCUCAAAGCAAAUGUCUCAGACACUGGAAAGUACCUGUGCAACAAUACCCCAGCCACAGAGCUGACAGUGAUCACAUCAGGAACAGACAAACACAGUGUUACAGAGGGGGCCAGUGUCCGUCUGCACUGCCCUCCUGAUGUCGGAGGAUCACAGGAUCCCACAUGGAGCAGGGAAAUCAAGGGAGAACAAGUCAUGCUUCAUGUUUCUCCGGCUGGCAAGAUGUUGACUAUAACAGCUGUGCAGCCUGGUGACUCCGGACUGUACUACUGUGGUGGAAAACCAGCAGUUUAUCUGAAUGUGACCAAGAGAGAGAGAUCUGAGAAAGGUAACAAGCCAUCGCCAACAACAACUACGCCUAAACCUGCACCGAGACAAACAGCACUGACAGCAGCACGGCCUGAAGCAGCGACUAUACCAUCAACAUCACCGGCAAACACAACAAAACGUUCCAAAGACAGAAGGAAAAAGGACAAGAAAAAGACUGGUCAGCUGGACCAUGGCUUGGUGCUUGGAAUAACUGUCCCAGUCACUGUUGUCAUCCUCCUCCUCCUCAUCAUCAUCACCUACUUAAUCCGGAGACGCAGGUUAAAAAGACAAGGAAAUGAACCAAACCAUAUCUAUGAUGAGAUACAGAAUGAGUUAGUGCCUCAAACUGCAACAGGUGCACUUCGGCCCGCUGGAGGAACUGUGUACUAUUUGGCAACGUCUCCAGGUACAUGGUCUUUAGGGCACACAGACAAACUGAACUGUCCACCAUGUGGUGCUGUCUGAGUUUAGCACCACAGUGGACACGAUGCAUUUUAGGAGAGAUACCGCACUGCAGAAACCCAAUGUGACCUUUUCUUGUAGGUUUAACCUCUGUUACUUAAUAUCUUAUGACUGCAAGAUCCUUUUCUCAUAAUAUAGAGACACUCACCCUCUAAUGGACAUU